AUGUUCGGCGGUCAAAGAUUGCUUGCGGUUGCAGCGGCGGCGGUGCCUGCCGGCGAGCGCUUCAUGUGGGUGCCCGACUCCGAGGGUAACCUGCACAUGGUGGACCUGCUGGACGUGGAGCCGGAGGACACCCCCGUGCCCUUUUUCAACGGCGAAAAGAAUGUCGAUCUCAUGCUCUACACUCAGAACAAUCCAUCAACACCGGAGUACAUCCUCCAAUCCGACCCGUCGAAGUCUCCGAGUUUUAACCCCGCCAACCCCACACGCUUCAUCCUUCACGGUUGGACGUCCAGCCACAAACAGAUGGACCCCAUCCGUCAAGCCUACAUCGACACGGGCAAGGACUGGAACAUCGUGUUAGUGGACUGGAACGGCCCCGCCACCAGCGAGUACUCCAUCUCGAAGCGCAACUCCCGACGCGUGGGCGAGUACUUGGCCGAGGUGAUCCUGCACUUGGAGGCGGAGCGCGGGCUCAACUUGGACGACGUGUACAUCAUCGGCCACAGCCUGGGCGGCCAGGCGUCGGGCGUUGCGGGCAACCGCCUCGGCGGACGGGUAGCGCGCAUCGUCGGUCUGGACGCCGCCGCGCCUCUCUUCGGCACCACCUCCGAGAAGAACCGCCUGGACCCCACCGACGCUAAGAUCGUGCAGGGCAUCCACACCAACGGCGGCCUCCUCGGCUGGGAUGACCCCUUGGGUCACGUGGAUUUCUUCCCCAAUUGUGGUCCACAGCCAGUCUGGACUGCGUCCUCGACUUUACAGUGCGUCAGUACAAUAGAUCGGGCAACGCAGAGUGAACAUUUUGGAGCCUGCAGCCAUAACAGAGCGCCUCCUUUCUAUGCGGAGUCUAUAAUAAACAACGAGUUCAUUGGUACUCUGUGCCACUCGUACAAAGCAUACAAAAAGGGCAACUGCGACCACUACCCCCAGGCUGUAAUGGGCGAAUGGACUCCAGCAGAAUCAAAAUUGUUACUGGAAGUUUGCCGGACGAUGUUAUCAACUAUUCGUAGCAACAAUAGCAGUAGCAACGAUAAUCGUAGGCACGAAGCAGGACGGAACACAGAACGAGGUGGGGUGGAGCAGAGGGAAGAGGGCGAACCUGUAGAUGGGCAUGUAGGGUAG